AAAAAAAAAGCCCUCAUCCGCCAUUGUGGGAAAUGGUAAGGGAUAUUCCAGCGAGACAACCGGGCAGGUUUUUAGACCGACCGCUGAAGGCUAAAUCCGUGACAGGAUCGCUCCUUUCUCCCCGUUAAAACCGACGCUUUCUCCCCGCAGACACAAAGUCUCCGUUUGUAACAACGAAGAAGAAGGAGAAGCGGAUCGUCGUCGGCUCCGAACCCGGUAAAGAAGAAGAAGAAGAAGAAGCAGAAGAAGAAGAGGCAGUAGCAGUAGCAGCAGCAGCAGCAGCAGCCGCCGUGUAACCGUUACAGAGCGAUCCGACGACCCGACAGACGAGGCAGGGGCUGUGGGUGGUGGUGGUGGUGGUGGUGGCGGAGGGGGGGGAGAAGCCGUGGACAGUCACAAACAACCCGCAGUUUCGUUUUCCUGGAGGAUGUCUGCGACCACAGUCGAUCAGAGACCCAAAGGACAAGGAAAUAAAGUGCAAAACGGAUCAAUGCAUCAAAAGGAUGGUGUUAACGAUGAUGAUUUUGAGCCUUAUCUAAGUGGCCAGACAAAUCAGGGUAACAGCUAUCCGCCAAUGUCAGACCCCUACAUGCCCAGCUAUUAUGCUCCUUCCAUUGGUUUCCCUUACUCUCUCGGAGAGGCUGCUUGGUCCACAGCGGGAGACCCUCCCAUGCCCUACCUGACCACGUAUGGACAGAUGAGCAAUGGCGAGCCCCACUUCAUUCCCGACGGUGUGUUCAGCCAGGCUGGGGCCCUUGGAAACACCCCUCCCUUCCUGGGCCAGCAUGGCUUCAACUUCUUCCCUGGUAAUGCAGACUAUUCCACCUGGGGUACCAGUGUCUCUCAGGGUCAGUCCACACAGAGCUCCGUGUACAGUAACAGCUAUGGGUAUGCCCCCAGCUCGCUGGGCCGGGCCAUCACGGACGGACAGGCUGGCUUUGGAAGCGACACCCAGCUCAGUAAAGUCCCGGUGCUGAACAGCAUUGAGCAAGGUAUGACGGGCUUAAAACUGGGUACGGACAUGGUGGCAGCCGUCACUAAAACCGUGGGCUCCCCCCUGGGGGGCACAGCAGGAAUGAGCAGUAUGGCAGCCAACAGCCUCCCACCGUCUGUCAACUCGUCUGCCCCUAAACCCGCCUCCUGGGCCGCCAUCGCCAAGAAGCCGGCUAAGCCGCAGCCUAAGGUCAAACCCAAAGCCAACAUGGGGUUGGGGGGAGGUGCCAUUCCCCCACCCCCCAUAAAGCACAAUAUGAACAUUGGUACUUGGGACGAGAAGGGCUCCCUGAAUAAGCCUCCGUUAGCUCAGAAUAUGAUGCCCCCGCAGCCUAUGGUGCAGCAGCCUCUCCUAGCUCAGCCCCAGCCCUUACUGCAAAACCCCAUUGCCUCCCCGCCUCAACACCACCAUCACCACCAACACCACCACCACCAACAACAACAACAUCACCACCAACAACAACAUCACCACCAACAACAACAACACCACCACCAACACCAGCCCCAACACCAACAUCAGCCUUUCCAGCUUCACUCCCUCCAAUCCCCCCAACACCCCCAGCCUAUGCCCCCCGGCCAUCCACACAUGCACCUCUCCUCUCAACCCGGCCCCCCGCAGCACCUUCAUCAGCAACCACCUCAGCAGCCUGGUCCCCCGCCCAACCGCUGGGUGGCUCCCAGGAACCGCGGCGAGGGCUUCGGUCUGGGUGGGGGACUCCCACUUAGUGCCUCCCCUUGCUCCGGAGAAGUGCAUCCCGUGCUGGAGAAGCUGCGCGCCCUCAACAACUACAACCCCAAAGACUUUGACUGGAGCUUGAAAAAUGGCCGCGUCUUCAUCAUCAAGAGCUAUUCCGAAGACGACAUCCACCGCUCUAUCAAGUACUCCAUCUGGUGCAGCACAGAACACGGCAACAAGCGCCUGGACGGCGCCUACCGCUCACUGGGCAACAAGGGGCCCCUGUACCUGUUGUUCAGCGUCAACGGCAGUGGGCACUUCUGCGGCGUGGCCGAGAUGCGCUCCCCGGUGGACUACAAUGCCUAUGCAGGUGUCUGGUCUCAGGACAAGUGGAAGGGCAAGUUCGAGGUGAAGUGGGCAUUCAUCAAAGACGUGCCCAACAACCAGCUGCGACACAUCCGGCUGGAGAACAAUGACAACAAGCCAGUAACCAACUCCAGGGACACUCAGGAAGUGCCUCUGGAAAAGGCCAAACAAGUGCUUAAAAUUAUCGCCACUUACAAGCAUACCACCUCAAUCUUUGAUGACUUUGCACAUUACGAGAAACGUCAGGAAGAGGAGGAGGCUCUGAGGAAGGAGCGCAAUAGGAAUAAACCGUAACCUUCAAGCAAGCUCUCUGCUAGAUCUGCAACACUAAUGAUGUAGGACCUUAAAUACAUUUUGCCUAACCACAAGAGGAGGAAAGGCUCUCACAAGUCUUUCCGCCGAAGACGACAAUGUAUCUGAGUACUUGAACAUGAUAGAUGGACUCAUCCGUAUCCGUUGACUGGUGUGUUCCUGUCUCACGAGAAAAACCGAACCCACUUUAGAAUAAAAUCUGUCAUUAAAGCACUUUCAAUCCUCCUAAAUAGCCUCUACCAGUACCCUUAACUCUCUAAUCUGUUCUUCUUCUUUGAUUUUGUUUGAGAAAACUAACUAAAGUAGUCAGGAGAUUUCAACGGGCUUAUUUGUAGUUUUUCUUUGAAUUUUUUAACGCCUCAAAAUGGGAUAUUGGUGAAGUUCAUCAGCUCCUGAAGAGAAUUAAAGAUGUGUAUGAUUUUAGUCUUUAACUUGAAUCUGUGUUCAACCAGCUUAUCCGACUACUUUGACGAGGUUUGGAGGAUUUGACCGGUGGGAUGAAAUAAUUGGGAAACAGCCACAAUCACGCCAAUCAUGGGAUGUAUCCUCUCCUACCGUGUUCCCUUCUGCACCGGUUUCUGUGUACCAAAAUAUUACCAUUAUGCAGAAGGCAAAACACCAGCCAAUGCACAUCGUGUUAUUUUAGUUUUCGUUGUUGCCCCUCUUUUGUGAUUCUGACAUUCUGAAGUGCAUUUGUCUGAGGAGAAACAUGCUGCUCUGGUAGAACUAGUGCAGGCCUCCUUGGGUCCUGUGGGUGACUGUCUUUGCUCUGGUGUUGAUGUACUGUACCUCAGGCUCAAUCAAGACUGUCCUUAACAACUAAGCCCUUUUUUUUGGGAGAGUCCACACGCUAACGCCCGCUCGUUCCCCCAAAACAUCCGACUGCAAGGAUGUGACAGUUUUCUCCUCUAGGUAACUCGCUAGCUAAAUAAAAAUUCUCCAUGUUUAGCGCAAACCAUGCUUUUGUGUUUUUGUGUACUCAUUUGCCUCAGAAAUGUGUGCAUUGCUUCAAUGCUUCACACAGUAUCACACACACUCUCAAAUAUAAACUAUCUGCAUAUGCGCCGCUAAAUACAGCAAUGUAUUUACCGUAGCAGCAGCUCCAUGUCCACAUCUGCUCUGCAUUGCGGCUCUUUACUGACAUCAAAGUGUAAAAUGUGUUGAUGCCAAGGGGGUUGGUCUGACUAUAAAGUAAAAAUAUGUUGUAGAUUAAACUGACUUGGGAGACAGACCUGCCGGCCCAGAGGUAGUUGGUAUAAAGGUACAACUACAGGGAUUAGAAUGUUUGACAACGUAUGGAUGGUGCAGGCAGUGGUGGAAUGUAGCUGGAGUACAUUACUUUACAAAAGCGUAAUUUUUAGGUCAGGGCACUGAGCUUGAGUGUUUACUUUUUUUUAAAAAUUCUGCUCCACUACGUUUCAGAGGCAAAUGUUGUACUUUUCACUCCACCACAUUUGUUUUAUACUUACUUUGCGGGUUAGAGUUUUACAUGAAAAACCUACAGUAACUGUAAAACCUUAAAGGCGGAUGACAUUUCCCCUUAAAACUUCUCAGAAAGUUUCCUUUAAAUGAUUCAAAUUUCACAAGAAUAGAUAUUACAAACUAUUCCAAAUAGAGACCAUAUUGCUGGUCCAGGGAGGGUAUAGUGAUUCUGACUCCCUCGCUCUGAUCACAAAUCUUUGAGCUCAGAGUUUAUUUUGAUCUUGACAAAACACCUGUAAAGUUUCGUGACUGCAUGAUUUAUUUGAAACCGUCAGAAACUUUGUGUUAUUACUUAAAAUACAAUGUGAUGAUAGAAUAUGUGGAAUUUCCUGUUUGCUGUUUUAAAACAUGUACGUAUGGCGUUAUUUCGAUUUAGUGACCAGGGCAGGUGAAGGUAGAACAGUAAUCGUAGACGGACUUUAAAGACAUGUUAGACCUAUAAAAGAAGACAUUACGAUGAAACAACUAAAUACAAAAUUAUAUGAAUAAAAUUGUUAUGAAAUACAA